AGGGAAGGCUGACUUGGUUUGGUUAAGGGGUGAAAUCCAAGCUAAGUGCCGCACGGUGACUAGCUAGAGUCUCGUCCCGUGACAAGUGGUAUCAGAGCGUGGUUUGACAGCCUAGUUACGUGGAGGAGGAUCGUGACGAUGGCAAGCCAGGGGGUUGAGGCUAGCAAAGCUGCAGAGGUUCCAGAGGAGAGGGGUCGUCGGGAGACCCGUGGGGGCGCUCGGAAGAAGGGAAGGUCCAAGGCAUUGUCGCCAGCAUCGAGGGAUACACUCAUAGCCUUUGAGGGGAGGCUGGUCAAGCUCGAGCUAGCCAUGGGUGAUGUCCAUGAGCAGCUGGACACUCUUGAUUCUCGCAUGGAGGAGCAAGAGGACAGGGGCGGCAGUGUCGAAGAGCUUGAAGGCAAGCUCCAAGGUGCCCUUAAUUCGGUUGUCGCUGACAUGCAUAAGGCCAUGGAGGAGUUUCGCGGGUCCAUUGCAGCAGAAGUGAGUGCAAUGAAGGCGGAGCUCAGCGAGGUCAAGGGGGACCUAGCCUUGUGCAAGGCCGCCGUGGCAGCUGGCGUUGCGGCUGGCGGUGCGCCCAGCGUGGCACCCAAGCUGAAGGUGCCUGACCCGCCCAGAUAUGGAGGUAAGCGCGACUCUAAAGAACUCGAUAAUUUCUUAUGGAUGGUUGAAAGUUAUUUAGAUGCUAUGAAUAUUUCCGAUGAGUCUGCGAAAAUUCGUAUGGCAACCAUGUACUUGGAGCAUGAUGCCACCCUGUGGUGGAGACGCCGACAUGCUGAGAUGCAACGAGGCUUGUGCAACAUUAACACUUGGGAGGUGUUCAAGGGAGAGUUCCGUAAGCAAUUCUACCCCGAGAAUGCUGAAGAGGCAGCGAUGAAGAAGCUUCGUGUGCUCAAACAUACGGGGUUGAUCAAGGAUUACAUCAGGGAGUACAACUCCUUAAUGCUUGAGAUCCCCGAUAUGACUGAGAAGAAUCGGCUCCUCUACUUCAUGGAUGGACUACAGCGGUGGGCCGAGCAAGAGCUGAAGCGUCGUGGCGUUCAGGACCUUGCGUCAGCCAUAGCGGUUGCCGAAUCACUUAUCGAGUUCGGCAAGGAACCUCCUAAGAGAGGCAAGGAUAAGAAGGGCAGCUCGAGCAAAGGUGGUGGGGACAAACCGCACAAAGUCUUCAAGCCUUUUAAGGGCCCAGAAAAGGCAGGUGAUGGCGGCAAGAUGCAACCCAAGGUGAGACGGGAUUGCUACUUGUGUGGCGGUCCGCACUGGGCAAGGGAGUGCCCGCAGCGGAACAAGCUCAAUGCCAUCAUCUCAGCGAUUGGGGAGUCAUCCCAAGAGGGGGAGACGCAGUUGGGAGCAAUGCAAGUUCUCAACACCAUACGGGCUAAGGUGCAGAGUGGGGGUGACGCCAAGGCCCGUGCCAUGGCUGAACAGAAGGGUGGCGGCAAGACCCUCAAAUAUGUCACUGUCAAGAUCAAAGGGGUAAGCGUCCGUGCUCUGUUGGAUAGUGGCGCUAACCAAAAUUUGAUUGCGGUGAGUCUUGCGGAGAAGCUGGGUCUGCCAUACACCAAGGAACCAGGAUGGGUGAAGGUGGUCGACAAUCCUUCUCAGCCCAUCUGUGGUGUUGCACGCGGAGAGCCCGUGCAGAUAGGCUCAUGGUCGGGGAAGGUUGACUUGAAUGUCAUAACCAUGAGCGACUUCAAGCUGGUGUUGGGUGGGGAGUUUAUCGACCAGCUGUUGCCUUUCACCUUCACCAAAGAUGGCUGCAUACGUUUCGAGGACAGGAACGAGAGUCACAAGGUGCCACUGGAGCGGCUACCCGCUAGAGACCGCGUCCUCUCGGCUAUACAAGUGUCUAAAGGCAUCAAACGAGGUGAGGAUACUUAUUUAGCUGCUUUAAAGGAAUAUAGUACCUCGUCUCUUGAUGUCCCACAGGAAGUUCAAGGCAUUCUCUGUGAGUUCGAAGAUGUGAUGCCCCCGGAGCUGCCAAAGAAGCUUCCACCACGGAGGGAGGUAGACCAUGCCAUUGAGCUGGAGCCUGGUUCGAAACCACCAGCAAUGGGUCCAUACCGCAUGGCUCCACCUGAGUUGGAGGAACUCCGGAAGCAACUUAAAGAGCUACUGGAUGCGGGGUUCAUCCGUCCCUCCAAAGCACCCUAUGGAGCGCCAGUGCUGUUCCAGAAGAAGCAUGACGGGACCCUCCGCAUGUGCAUCGAUUAUCGGGCGCUCAACAAGAUCACAGUGAAGAACAAAUACCCCAUUCCUUUGAUUGACGACCUGUUUGACAAGCUUGGGAAGGCACGAUGGUUCACCAAGCUCGACUUGAGGUCGGGGUAUUGGCAAGUAAGAAUAGCCGAAGGGGACAAGGCGAAGACCACCUGUGUGACGCGUUACGGUGCAUACGAGUUCCUGGUGAUGCCUUUCGGCCUCACAAAUGCUCCAGCUACUUUCUGCACCUUGAUGAACAAAGUCGUCCACCCAUUCCUUGACAAAUUCGUGGUGGUAUACUUGGACGACAUUGUGGUCUACAGCGAGACACUGGAGGAGCAUAUGCAGCAUCUUCGACAAGUCUUCCAGGUGUUGCGCGAGAACGAGCUCUACGUGAAACCGGAGAAGUGCUCAUUUGCGCAACAGGAAGUGAUGUUCCUAGGCCAUCGGGUAGGCCACGGGAAGAUAUCGAUGGACUCGGCCAAGGUGCAUGCCAUCCAGGAGUGGGAGCCUCCCAGCUCAGUCCCCGAGCUGCGAUCAUUCCUUGGCCUAGUCAACUACUAUCGUCGGUUCAUCCAGGGGUAUUCGGCAAGGGCCACACCCUUGACAGACUUGCUCAAGAAGAAGGUCUCGUGGGAGUGGACAGCGGAGUGUCAACGAGCCUUUGAGGACUUGAAGCAAGCGGUGAGCCAAGAACCAGUGCUCGCACUGCCCGACUAUGGGAGGCCUUUCGAGAUGCACACUGACGCGUCGGACUUGGCGAUCGGAGGAGUCUUGAUGCAAGAUGGCCAUCCCAUAGCGUUUGAGAGCCGCAAGCUCAAUGACACGGAGAGGCGGUAUCCGGUGCAUGACAAGGAGAUGACCGCCAUCGUCCAUUGCUUGCGGGUAUGGCGUCAUUACUUGCUUGGGAGCAGGUUCGUGAUCAAGACUGAUAACGUAGCUACGAGCUACUUCCAAGGGCAGAAGAAGCUCACGCCCAAGCAAGCAAGAUGGCAAGACUUCUUGGCUGAAUUCGACUAUGUGAUGGAAUACAAGCCUGGGCGGGCUAACGUUGUGGCAGAUGCGCUGAGCCGCAAGGCUAUGUUCGCCUCCAUUAGUCGACCUGAGGGUAACAUACUGGAUCGUGUCAAGGAGGGCCUGGCGCAUGAUCCCUUUGCCAAGAGUCUUAUGGAGUUGGCUCGUGAAGGUAAGACGCGACGAUUCUGGUGCAAUGAUGAUGCUUUGUAUACUGCAGGGAAUCGCCUAUAUAUCCCGAAGUGGGAAAAUUUACGACGUGAGCUGAUGAAGGAGUGCCACGACUCGAGGUGGGCUGGACAUCCAGGAAUCAAGCGCACCAUGGCACUGGUGGAAGAAUUAUAUUAUUGGCCACGAAUGCGAGAUGAUGUUGAGGCCUAUGUGAGGACGUGCCUGGUGUGCCAGCAAGACAAAAUCGAGCAGCGGCAACCUGGGGGCCUCUUGGAGCCCCUACCAGCCCCAGAACGCCCAUGGGAGUGCGUCACCAUGGACUUCAUCUCAGCUCUCCCACAGUCUGAAGGGUGCGGGUCUAUACUGGUCGUAGUUGAUAAAUUUUCGAAGUAUGGAACCUUCAUCCCAGCUCCACGGGAUUGCAAGGCGGAGGAAGCAGCACGCUUAUUUUUCAAGCACGCGGUGAAGUAUUGGGGGCUUCCUCACAUCAUCAUUAGCGAUCGGGAUCCAAGGUUCACGGGGAAAUUUUGGAGGGAACUCUUCAAGUUCAUGGGAUCAGACCUCCACUUCUCCACGAGCUUUCAUCCGCAAACGGACGGACAAACGGAGCGGGUGAAUGCACUACUGGAGCUGUAUUUGCGGCAUUUUGUAAGUGCCAAUCAACACGACUGGGCAAAAUUGUUGGACGUGGCUCAAUUUUCCUACAAUUUGCAGCGGAGUGAGGCCACCCAGCAAAGCCCCUUUGAGAUCGUGACAGGCCAACAACCGUUGCCACCUCACUAUGUGACGCGAGGCUAUACUGGUGCAAGUCCUGCUGCAUACAACUGGGCAAAAGAUUGGCAGGAGCAGCUGGAUGUGGCUAAAGUUUACUUGGACAAGGCCUCCAAAAAGAUGAAGAAGUGGGCAGACAAAAAGCGACGGCCGCUGGAAUUCCGAGUGGGCGACCUUGUGAUGGUGAAGCUACCCGCCCAGCAAUUUAAAGCCUAUCGACAAGUCCACAAGGGGCUGGUGCGUCGAUACGAGGGACCCUAUCCGAUUCUGGGAAAGGUAGGAAAGGUGUCUUAUCGUGUCGAUCUUCCACCAAAGCUGAAGAUACACCCGGUAUUCCACGUGAGCCUGCUCAAGCCAUUCCAUGGAGACCUUGAGGAUCCAGCACGAGGAGAGUCACAACGAGCACCACCAGCGACAAUAACCUCGUAUGACAAGCAAGUGAGCGAGAUCUUAGCUGAUCGAGUCAUUCGGCAACGGGGAAUUCCCAACCACACAGAGUACCUGGUCAAGUGGAAGGACCAGCUCGAUGAUGAGGCUAGCUGGGAACGCGAGGAGGACUUGUGGCAGUUCUCCAGUGCCAUCGAGGCCUACAAGGCCAGGAAGCUUGACGAGGGCGUCAAGAGCUUUGGUGGGGGAGAGUGUCACAGACCGCGAGCUCGGACGCCCAAGGGAAGGGUUGGCUCUGGGAUUGGUGGAAUGCUUAGUGCAGUUCAUGGUUUCAAUACAGGGAUCCCUUUCCUUCAAAGUCGCAUGAAGGGGCCAAAGUGGCUUCCAUUUGUAACUGGGAUUCCGUUGCUGCUAAUGUUUUCUGGAGCAAGUGCAGCAUUUGGAGGUUAUGCACUUCCGAAGUUUACUCAACUUACUGUGACUUCAUAUUAUGCUGCUUCAAGUGCCUCACAUUAUGGGAUUUCUCUGCUCACUCGGCAUAUUGAAGAGAGACAUAUUUCCCGAACUCAGCAAGAACGAUGACAUCUCAUGGUUGCACAUACUGAAGUUCUACUUAUAUAUAUCUGUGUUGCUGAAAUAUGUACAAGGGGAAAAUAAUAUAACUAUAGGCGCUGCCAGUAGUGGAUAUGGACCACCUAGUAGUGGCUUGGACAAGAUUCUCCAAGCUUCCCAGGUUUCAUUAGUUUUAGUUGGGUGAAUAUAUUUGAUGUAAUUAAGAGCCUAAGAUGCCACAAUUUGCAAAUAUUCUUCUUAAGUUAGGUUUGAGUUUUUCCUUCCUAACAAUUUGAUAUCUUGGUACUACCACUUCUGAUUCACAUAAGUUGAUGGAACUCUCAGUUUUGCAAUGAUAAUGAAUCUAGGAUGAUUCU